GAUUGGUCGGCCUGUCGGGUGUGAGGUGUUUCCAAAAACCAGACGUGAUUGUUUGGUGGACUGUAUACAGGUGAUUUCGGUGAUCGGUUUGGUUUCAACAGAACAGCAAUGCUGAAGUUGGCGGUACUAGCUGUGAUGGCUCUUCUUUUAAUGGGGUCCGUCAAUGCUCAGCAAAGAGGUAACUCGACAGAUGCCAGUGCACCGAUUACCACACAAGAAGAACCCACUAUUGUGACCAACGAGACGGAGAGUGCGGACGUUUCGCCGACAACCGAAGAAAAUCCUGGAAUAAUAACUGCAUUAAGGCGCGAACUCGAGAGGAGAUGGGCAGUUCGUUUGAAGCAAAUUGAGGAACGACGCCAGAGUAUCGUAAGCAAUCUGGAGAACCUGACUGGUCGAAGGCAAGAGUUUGAGGUUCGACGCCAGGAACAGCAACGUAAUUCGGACGAAGAGCGGAUCGCACGACGUAUGGAAAACGAGGCUCGUCGGGCAGGCCGUACACCGAGAAGGGAACAAAGACGAAACAAUCAACAGCGACAACAACGGGUGGAUCAGACGGCAGAAAGCGAUGCGGAUAACGAAGUCGAUAGUGGGGCACUGCCUCCUACGGUGGCUGAUGCAAUCCGCAACGUAGUGUUAAUCGAAGAAGCAAGUGGUAAUGUAAGGUUAGUUGAUCUUGGCACGGAGGAAGGCCGGGAGCUAGCUUCGCGGGUAACGGUGCGAGAGGAAACCGCAGAUGAUAAGAAGGAGGUGCUGUCCAAGCUCCGGCUGAAAUUGGGUCAACUGUAAAGUAGGUUAGAUAAUGAUUAGAUAGGAAAAUUAUGCUUAUUUAUUAAAUUCGACUGUCUUUGAAUUUGUUUAAGAAUAAACAAAUUCUGAAU